AUGAUAAAUGAAAAUUCCCCCGUUCUCUCCCUCUUCCUCCUCUCAUCCUCAGCCAUCUCUGCUCUCUCCUUCACCUCGCCAUCAAGGGCGGAGGAUAUUCCUCUCUUUGGGCUGAGGAAGAAGCUGAAGAAGGUGGAGGAGGAGGCGGAGGCGAUCGUGAAGGAGGGCGAGGAGGUUGUCGAGAAGGAGAUUCAGGUGGCGGAGAAGGGGAUCGAGGUGGUGGAGGAGAAGAUCGCCACCGGUGAGCUAGGGUUUGGUGCUGGGGGGGUUGUGCAGGCCGGAGUGGUGGCAGGAGCGGAGGCGGUCGGGGUUUUGGUCGGAGUUUCGGUUGUUAAUGGGAUUCUUGGUCCUGAGGGAAAGAACCCCUGAUUUCCCCUCUUUUGCGUGAGAAAGCAAUGCGAUUUGCCCUUAAGAUGAUGAAAUAGUUGCGAAGGAAAAGGAAAAUGCUGGUUACAUUAUUUUCUUCUUCCUCUUCUGUGUUCUCAUUCGUUCACUUACUUA